AGCCAUGCCUCCACCUUUUGACAUGAACCCAAGCUUAAUUUCAUUUUUCCAAUACAAACCGAACAACGGGUCUCGAUCCAUCGUACUUAAACUCAUACCCUCUCAGCCUCAUUCCAAAUUCUCAUUUUGCCCAUGUGAGAAAAUUUCAAUUCUUUGAUAUAGAGCAUUAGUGAUUCUUUUCCUAAAGUUCAUGAUUACUGUUGUUGAGUUAUCUACCACUUUAAGUUCCUGGGAUGUAUAAAACCAAUCUGCAAGAGCCAAUGGGAAUUCGACACCACCCGGACCGCGGUUCGAGGGUCAAUCCCAGAAGACAUUAACCCUGAAAAAUUUAUGAUUAUAGCACAAUUUCCCAUCUGUCAUUUGGGAGAAAAUUAGGUGGGACUUCAAAAAGAAUGCAAAAAAGGUUGAGUCUUUGAUGUUUAAACUGAUGGCUGUGAUUGGAAGAAUUUAAUACCACAUCAGCCACAGAUAAGGGUAACAGUGCUCCUCACCAGUCACUCUUUUUUCCCCCCACUUGAGCAAAAAUCUAUAAUAGAGCUUCCAAAGCCUGGUUUAGCCUCUCACUGUUUCUUAAGCAGAAGAGUAUAGCUUUUGCUAAGACCCCAAGACACACACACACACACAGAUGAAGAGUUGUGUGGCUUGGUACCCUUUUAUGCUUAUGCUGGUAAUUCAGCUUGCCUUUGCAGUCACAAAUGUUCUUCUCAAGAAACUCAUCAUUGAUGGGAUGAACCAUUUAGUUUUCAUCACUUAUCGGCAGGCAAUUUCGACUAUAUUUUUAACCCCAAUUGCCUUCUUUGUCGAACGGAACACCAGACCAAAACUCACUCUGCGCAUUCUCUGCAACCUUUUCUUGUCCGCGAUUGUUGGGGCAUCGGUUACUCAAUACUUGUUCCUUGUUGGUGUAGAGUACACUUCUGCAACUUAUGCUUGUGCCUUUCUGAACAUUGUUCCUGUCAUCACAUUUCUAAUGGCAUUGCCAUUCGGGUUGGAGAAAAUAAGCAUCAGAAGCAGGAGUGGAAGAGCAAAAGUGAUUGGGAUAGUGACAUGCCUUGGAGGUGCCCUUCUACUGACAUUCUACAAAGGCAUGCCUGUGGUUAAAUUCCAUCCCUCUGAACCCACCUUAAGUCGUUCUGCUGGGAAAACCGUUAGGCCCCGGGCAGAAAGAUGGGUAUUCGGUUCGCUGGCAAUGUUCGCCGGGACAAUAUUUUGGUCCUCUUGGUUCCUUAUCCAAUCCAACAUUUCCAAAAGUUACCCUUGCCAGUACUCCAGCACUGUCAUCAUGAACUUCUUUAGUGCCAUUCAGUCUGCUGUCCUCACUUUGUGCACUGACAGAAGCCUUUCCAUUUGGAUCCCAAAGAAGAAGAUUGACAUGGUCAAUGUCACAUACACUGGGUUGGUGAGUUCGGGUCUGUGUUUCGUGGGAAUGUCAUGGUGCGUGAAGAAGCGGGGCCCGGUCUUCACAGCGGCGUUCAGCCCUCUGGUGCAGGUGAUGGCUGCCAUGGUAGACAUCCCAGUUCUCCAUGAACAACUCCAUCUCGGGAGUAUAAUAGGGUCAGUCAUUGUAAUAACUGGGCUGUACUUUCUGCUGUGGGGAAAGAACAAAGACAUGCAAAAAGUAACACAAGAAAGGGAGGAGGAAGAGGAGGGUGCAAAGGACAUGGAAUCAGCUGUUGUUGAAGGGAAUGGUGAAUCAAGAAUGCCAUAAUAUUUUGAUGGUUUUUCUAUUGUCCCUUAUUAUUAUUUGACAUAAUAUUUUCUUUUUGUACCAGUAUCUUUGAUCUUUUUUUCCUAAAUUACCAAAGAAGUAUACUUCCUCUGUUCUGAAGUAGUUUCUCCAGUUUGAAUUUUCUUGUCAAACUGUCUAAAUUUUGGCCAUAGAUUAGGGAUGUAAACAAAUCAAAUAUUUUAAAUUCG